AUGGCCCCAACACAAGAAACUAGCUUCAAUGGAACCAACUUUUUGGCCCAUAUCCAUGAUCCCAAUGAGGAAGAUAUGCCCUCCAUUCGAUUUGGCUGGCCUGUCUUUCUUGGUGUGUUUGCCUUGGUGGUUUUGGUAGCUGCAUUGGUUGCAGCAUUCCUUUUACUGUGUUCCAGAAAACAAGAGCAGGGGGCAGCAAAACAGGCAGCAGCCAAGAAAGAACAAGCUCUGGAAAGCUUGAAGAGCAACUUGGCGUGCAAACCAUGGUCUCCAGACAACGACACAACAGAAAAGACGGCGGAUGCUUCCGACUCUGAUUCUCUCUCGUGUUGCUUCAGUUCUUCUCCUCAUAGACCACCAGCAGCACCACUGGAUGAAGAUUUAGAGCUGCAACUAAAAGAGGAGGCAUGUCUGGGAUAUGAAGACAAGGACAGCGUUGGAGGCAGCACGCCAGAGAAUAACGGCUCCUUGUCGUUGCUGGUAGCACUGCCACUGACGACGAAGAUCUCCUCGAAUGAUUCUUCUUCGUUCUUGGAGAUGAACUCCAUUGGAAUCUACCAAUUGGCAGCCGCGCAAUUGGCCGUGGAAAUGUUCAACACACGCAACGCUUCCCUGGUUCCGGCACUGGCAGAUCUACCUGAAGGCUGCAAUACUAGUAUUACUCUUCAAGUGGUGGAUACUUCUACCACAAGUGCUUGGAAUCUAUCGGAUGAUACUAGUAGUACUACCAUGGUGGAUGCCAUUGUGGGCCCUUACUAUGAGAUUCCAGCCAUGGAAUGGAGUGUCCUGGCAUCUACCCACCGCAUACCGAUGGUAUCUCACUUGGUGUCUCACAAUAACCACAAUCUACAACUCCAGGACAGAUACCCCUUCUUUACGCAAAUCAGUGCCACUGUUCCCAUGGAAAUGAAAUUUGUUACUCAGUAUCUACGGAAUGUGCAACGGACAAAGUACAUUGCCAUACUGUAUCCCAACCGACCCAGCUCCAUUCAUCAGGUAAAACUACUCUGGGAAUUGUUGCAGCAGUAUGUUUUUCAACACGUCAGACUCUUUGUCUACCAACCUCCUCCUGCCAUGAUGAUCCACAAACAACAACAAGAACAACAAACUACCUGUGGUCCACCCGAACAUCAAAUACCCACCGUUUUGGAACAAAUUCAGAGAUCUGGUUUUCGAACCAUUGUCUUAUUAGGGGCCAUGCCCGAGGAAGUACCUCUUUUGGCUAGUGCUGCCACUCAACAAAAACUCGAUCAAGGCAAUCACCUUUGGAUACUUUCGUCCAGCCCCGAGUUAUUGGUGGCCAGUCCAGUCAUGAUGAUGACACCGAACUUUUUGGUAGGGGCGGCAUAUUUGACUCCCGAUGAAUACCAUUUGCACGAGUACAUCACGAGCAAUCCAGUCGAACAGUAUUAUGAUGAGCUACUCGUUGGGUCCAGCGUCCCUGAUACUGCCGGGAUGCCUGAGGAAUCCAGAACGAGUGACGGCAAACAACCCCAAAUCGAAUCCCCGUCGAGUCGUACGUUUGUUCCUGGAAUGGGAUUUUUGUUCGAUGCCGUCAUGAGCGUGGGCAUGGCGGCAUGUCAAGGAGUGGCAUCUACGAAUCAGACCGUCUCCAGUGGACCAGCGCUGCUAGAAAGUAUACGGUCGCUCGAGUUUAGGGGUGCAUCGGGGCACGUCCAAUUCGGCAAGGGUGGAUCACGAUUGAUGGUGCCGUUUACCGUAUUGAAUCUGAUAUAUGCGGCGGAUCGUGACAACAGCAAAAAUAAUGCCAGUGACAAGAAAAAUCUGGUGGCGAGGCAAACCGCCACAUGGGAUCCUGCUGCGCAAGAGUGGGAACAAAUACAGCCCUUUCAUUACGCAGACGGAACUACGGAUCCACCGAAUCUACUACGCGCAAUUCCAAAUCAAAAUUACAUUACAGCAGGAGCUCGAGCAUAUGGGUUGACCUUGUUCGUCAUUGCUAUUGUCACCGUCAUUGUAUCGGCGGCAUGGGUUUUCAUCCAUCAAGACGAGAGUGCCGUGAUUGCGUCCCAGCCAAUCUUUCUCUACACGAUAUGUUUUGCAUCGGGACUUUCUGGUUUGACCAUUUUGAUUGCCGCAUUUGACGAAAGCUGGGGAAUGGAUCAGGCCGCUCUGACCCACAUGUGCUUUGCUUGGACGUGGUUGGAUGCCAUGGCGACAACCGUUAUCUAUUCAGCGCUUUUUACCAAGUUGUGGCGAACCAACCGGUGCCUGCGGGAGAAGACAAACAAUAUUGCACUGUGGCGUGUCAUGUGGCCCUUUGCAUUGUUCCUUUUGGCCGCCGUGGCCAUCAUGACAGCCAUGACAAUUCACAGUGACUAUGGAUGGGUUCGUUUCGUUGUGGACGAGGAAUCAGGCGAAAGUGUGGGGUACUGCAGUGGAGAGACACUGUAUUUCCUUGUCCCUCUUCACACGGUGCACAUGAUACCGAUUUGUCUCUCGGCCUUUAUGGCUUUGAAAACCAAGGAAUUCGGUGACACUCACACAGAGUCAAAAUGGGUCUUGACUUUGCUUGCGGUCCAAUGUCAGUUUAUGUUUGCCAGUGUCCCUACCAUAUUUCUUCUCGGCGCGCAUAGUCCGACCGCGAAUUACAUUGGCCUUGCCAGCUUCUGGUUCACGAUCCCCAUCAGUGCAAUGGGACUUUUGGUUCUGCCCAAAGCUAUCACUUUCCACCGUAUGAAACGAAUGGCCAGCGAACCAUAUCCGUCAACAGAGACGAUGCCGGCAUCCGUGAACCCAACAACCGCCUCAGGGGAGCAACAGAGCCGCGACGACCAAGGCAGUGACGAUUGGCGUUCGAGCUUGGUGGAACAGUCACCUAGCUUGCAUGGCCCAAAGAUCCAAAUAGUCACCUUCGAUUGA